UUCAAUUUCAAUUUGCCUAUUACAUGCUUCAAUAAGAUCUUGAGUUUGAAUAUCUGGCAGUAUUGUAUCUUAUUUCAACAAGUAAAUGAAUACACCUACUUGCACACUUUGUCAUCUUGAUCAAGACAAUUGUUAUUCUUGUAUUGUUUUUUUUCUUUUUCUUACAGAUGGUUGGCCAACAAAUUAGGCAAUUUACUUAUGUUCAUACUCACCGAGCAUUACCGUCUGGAACACGGGUUACUACUCAUUGCGGGAUCAAACACCUUGAGACGAUGAGGAUUGCUUUAAACUGAUAUGAGCUAUUGGAUAGAUUCCUAGAGGGCCCAUUAGGACAUUUCUUGAAAAUCCCUCCAUCACUCCAUUUGACUGCACCGCAAUUGAUAUAUAAUGUUCUAGUUAGGGAGGUGACAUUCCCGGGUGCCUGCCACGAUGAAAUGUGGUUCGAGAUUGGUGGCUUGGCAUAUAGGUACGGGAAGCAGGAAUUCAUACUUAUUACCGGACUCCGAUUUGGGCAAUUGAUAAAGAAAUUCUUGAAAUGAGGACUAGUGCCCCGAACAAUUUACGUGCGUGAUUAUUUCCACAGCACCAUAAAGGAGUGUCUGGAGACGACAUCAAAACCUUACUUAAUAACAGAGAGGACUUCGUUUCAGAUGAUGUACUUAGAUUGGUUUAUGUUGCUAUGGUUAACCUGUUAUUGUUGGGCCUAGAUGAGCGUGCACGUGUGGAUGAUUUUUUGUGGACUAUGGUUGAGAAUUUAGAUGCAUUUGAGGCCUUCCCUUGGGGGACAUACGUGUACAGUAAGAGUCAACAUUACAUUCGAAUGGCCACGAGCGAGGACAAGUUGAGUGGAGUUGGAAAAAAAAUAAACAUUUAUGGUUUUGUGUGGGCAUUUUUGUGGUGGUUAAUUGAAAAAUUUACAUGGAUUCAAAAUAAAUAGGCCAUCCCACUACCCGGCGCAUUCAUUCCUAGGUGCAGAAAGUGGUUGUAAAAAAAAAGGCCACAAAUAAAAAAUUACAACGAUUGUCUAACGAAUGAAGUACGAGGAUUGAGUCCGACACUUGAGCCCACUGAUGAUGAGCGGGAAACGGAUUUUUGGAGGUCCUUCAACCCAAAGCACUUGGUCGGAGAGUACGUAUUCAAAUUUGGGGGUGGAGAGGGUGACGAGGAUGAGGAGGGUGGUGACAAGGAUGACCCUAUACAUACCCAUGGAGAUGAGCAGAGAAGGGAGGAGGAGGAGGGUGGUGACGAGGAUGAGCCUAUACAUAGCCAUGGAGAUGAGCAGAGAAGGGAGGAGGAUCAGGAGAAGGAUGAGGAGAAAGUUUUACAUAAAAAGACAUAUAAAGAAUGUAAGCAAGAGGCAAGAGUCCUUGAUAGUCCUCAACACAGACCAGAUGAGCACGGGAUCACCGAGAUGCUAGUUCAAACGCUAGAGAUGUUGAGGAGGGUUGACGGGGAAAUGAGUGUAAUGAGGACAGAAAUGGUACAAAUGAGGAUACAUUUUGACCAAGAAAUGGGUCAAAUGAGGACACAUUUUGACCGAGGAAUGGGUCAAAUGAGGGCCCAGUUGCUACAACUAGAGAGGGUGCAAUGUAGUCCGCAUAUUGACCAUUCCUCAGUUCACAUCGAUGAUGGUGAUGAGCAGCACCUAGGUGGUGAUCAGAUAUAUCCUAGUCAUCACGAUGGCGACGACGAAGCAUGUACAUCCGUAUUGCAGGAAGAUGAUGUGGUUAGGGUCGACAAGCGACCUAUGCGAGACAGAAAAAAAUCGCAAUUUUGUAAGACACCUUUCACUGAUCCUAUUCGAUCAAAGAAAAGAAAUGUCGAUGUCGCGGUGGAGGGGUCGGACGCAGUGCCGCAAGUGGGGGACGAUGAUCUUAACCCCCCUGAGGGUUACACUGAGUUUAUAGCAUCCAAAGAAAACAUUUUUCGUGACACCGGGUACCUUGAAUAUCUAUCCCCGGCUGACUUCCGAUGCAUAGACGACAUGAGCGAAUGGUUGGACGGGCGUCACAUUGAUAGUUACAUGUGUUGCCUUAGACGUAUACAAUCGCGUCCUCUAUACAACGACAAUUAUGCUAUCAUGUCGACUCCGCUAUUUUCAUAUAUAUCAACUUUUUGGACUCAAGAAUAUGAUGGAGACAAUGGGAAAGUUUUUGAUCCUUCUACGGCGAUUGUCCCAACGGAGUGGACAUGUUUUGUGGAUGGGAGCAAUGAAGGGAAUCUCCCUUGGUGGACGGUCGACAAUGUGUUGCUCCCGUGUAACUACAAGAAUCAACAUUGGUUUCUUAUCAAAAUUAGCUUGAAGAAUAAAAUACUGUUCUUAUACGACUCUAGCGCCAAGAGUGAAGACAGUCGGAGGAUUAGGGUAGCAGCUGUAACUCCACUGGCGAAACUCCUACCCAUUAUACUGAAAAGCAGUGGAUAUUACAAGCAUGUAUCUGCAACUACGACUUCAGACAGAGAAUGGGAUGUGGAGGGUACUGAUCCUCAUAAGGUGCCUCAACAAGUGGACAGUGCCAGCUGCGGAUGCUUUGUUAUCAAAUACAUCGAGGACAUCCUUAGGCAUAAUGAGGGUAGCUGGCAGAUAGACCCGAAUCCGGAUGUCUAUACUCUUCGUAGACAGAUUGGAAUAUUUUUGUAUAGACAUAGCAAAUUUGUAGUAGAUUGAUAUAUUGGGUAGUUUUAUUUAGAUUACUAGUACUUGAUGUAUAUUAUAUUUUUAUUUUAGUUUUAGUUUUAGUUUUUUUGUAUAAACAUAGCAACAUUAUUAUUCAGGUUAUGUGGUUUGUGUUGUUGUAGAGGGUAAUGGUUGAUGGUAUGUGGUUUGUGUUGACGGCAUGUAGUUUGUGUUGGUGUAGAGGGUAAUGGUUGAUGGUAUGUGGUUUGUGUUGAUGGUAUGUAGUUUGUGUUGUUAUAUAGGGUAAUGGUUGAAGGUGGUUUGUGUUGUUGGUUGUGGUUUGUGGUUUGUGUUGUUGCAGGUUUAGUGGCAUGAAAACAGGGUAGACUCUGCUAAAUUUUUUUGUAAUUUUGACAUAGUAGUAUUGUUCAGGUUAUGUGGUUUGUGUUGUAAUUUUGACAUGACAAAAUAGUGUAUUGUUAUGUGGUUUGUGUUGUUGUAGAAGGUAAUGGUUGAAGGUAUGUGGUUGUGGUUUGUGGUGUUGCAGGUUUAGUGGCAUGAAACUGCCAAAAUAUUUUGUAAUUUUGACAUAGUAGUAUUGU